AUGUCUUUCCGUAGCCUUCGCCGGGCCUUGGUCUUCUUGGGUGUCUGCGGCGCCGCGUUCGCCGCUAUUGGCCCAGUGACUGAGCUCGACAUUGUCAACAAGGUCAUCGCCCCGGAUGGUUUCGCUCGUGACACCGUCCUCGCAGGCGGUACCUUCCCGGGCCCACUCAUCACAGGCAAGAAGGGAGACAAUUUCCGCAUCAACGUCGUCGACAAGUUGGUCAACGAGACUAUGCUCACUGCGACUACCAUUCACUGGCACGGGAUGUUUCAGCACACGACGAACUGGGCAGAUGGUCCCGCCUUUGUUACCCAAUGCCCUAUCACCACUGGCCACGACUUUCUGUACAAAUUCCACGUGCCGGACCAGACAGGAACGUAUUGGUACCAUAGCCAUCUAUCUCUGCAGUAUUGCGAUGGGCUUCGCGGCCCAAUGGUGAUUUAUGAUCCCCAAGAUCCACAAGCACACUUGUAUGAUGUGGAUGAUGAGAGUACCGUCAUCACCUUAGCUGACUGGUACCAUACCCCGGCGCCUCUGAUCCCGAUUCCCGCGAUGGCAGACAGCACACUUAUCAAUGGCCUGGGUCGUUGGGCGGGUAACCCGACCGCCGACCUAGCCGUCAUCGAAGUCGAGCACGGAAAACGUUAUCGCUUCCGUCUGGUCAGCAUCUCCUGUGACCCGAAUUACAACUUCACUAUCGAUGGUCACUCCAUGACGAUCAUCGAGGCAGAUGGGGAGAACACCCAACCGCUCCAGGUCGAUAAGCUUCAGAUCUUCGCCGCCCAGCGGUACUCUUUCGUCCUCCAUGCCGACCAGCCGGUCAACAAUUACUGGAUCCGCGCAGAUCCUAACCUCGCCCAUACUGGCUUCCUCCAAGGCAUAAAUUCUGCUAUCCUACGCUACAAGGGCGCACCCAUCACGGAGCCUACGACGAACCAGACGCCCUCCGUAAAGUUUCUGAACGAGGCGGACUUGGAUCCGCUCACCAACCCGCGCGCGCCUGGCCUUCCCUUCAGAGGUGGCGUCGAUCACGCUGUGAACCUCAAACUGACCUUCAACGACUCGGAGUUCUUCAUCAAUGGUGCAGCUUUCAAGCCUCCGACCGUUCCCGUGCUGCUGCAGAUCCUGAACGGAACGCUCGACGCCCACGACCUCCUGCCGAAAGGCAGCGUCUACAGCCUCCCUCCCUACUCCACUAUUGAACUGUCCAUCCCUGGCGGUGUUAGGGGCGGCCCGCACCCCUUCCAUCUGCACGGCCACACCUUCUCCGUGGUACGCAGCGCCGGUAGCGACCACUACAACUACGAUAACCCCGUGAGACGCGACACUGUGAGUAUCGGCGAGAUGGGCGACAACGUGACCGUGCGCUUCGUUACGGACAACCCGGGCCCGUGGUUCCUCCACUGCCACAUCGAUUUCCACUUGGAAGCGGGCCUCGCCAUCGUGUUUGCGGAAGACACAAAGGCCACUGCGCUUGUUAAUCCCGUCCCGGAGGAGUGGGAGAAGUUGUGCCCCACCUACAACGCGUCGAUACACACUAAUGUGUGA